GGUCAAAUAUUUAUUUUUAAAAAAUAAAAAAUAAUUAAAUUAGUGGACCAAACAAGUACUAGGCCAACCCGAAAUGACAGAGACCCAAAUCUAUAUAACAGUAGCGUUGAGGCCCAUAAAAUUAUCCUCGUUUAAGACUCCGAGUCUUUUUUUUUUUUUGAAUGUGGGGAUUUCGCGCGCCUAUAAAUAGCGGAGUCCGGGAUGUUGAGCUAUUGAACAUACAGAACCAGGUAGAUACAAAGGGAAGGCGUUUUAGAAUCGAAGCUUCAGAGCAACCGAAAUGCCGAAGCGAAAGCGAAAUCUUUCUUCUGAACCACAGAGACCGCAGACUCGGAGGAGAUUAAGAAGAACUAAGACGAUUUGCUCCUGCAACUCUCCUAGCUCUACAUUCCUCAACGCUCACUCUAACUUCUUCUGGUACGAAAUAGACGUAUGGACGGAGAUCACCAAGUUUUUAGACGGAAGGUCAUUGGUGAUGCUCGCAGCCACGAGUCGUUGGUUCCACGGUCUUAUCAUGGAAGAGAGUAUAUGGAAGUACGUGUGCCUGCGUGAUCUUCAGGUCCCUGCUCCUCGCAGUGUGGCCUUCAAUUGGAUCAACCUCUACGCUUCAGCUUUCGAUGGGAGUCACUCUUAUAUGUUCCGUCAGCCGGAAAAACAUAUUGAUUGGAUGCGAAUUGGUGCAUUUUCCAUCGACUCUUCUGUAGCACUACUGACAGAAAAACUAACAGCUCCUGUGAAGAUUUCAUAUGAAGAUAACAUUGAGAACAUGUUGCAGUCCCAUGGUUAUUGCUUGUUAAACAACGUUAAGAAUGGGAUAUGGAUUGCAGAUCUUCAACUUGUUCGAUGCCCGGUUUGUGACCUUAACACAUGUGAUGGAACAAUGCAGACAUUAGAUGCAAGGCACAUAGAACUUUUCCUGAGUGAGGGUUACCUGGACGGCAGCUGGGAAUAUGAACUCAUAGGCUCUCAUGAUAUCAAAAAGCAUGCAGAUGGAGCCUCGGGGGCUAUUUUCGAUGUCAACUACUUAAAGGCCACUUCAACAUCUGCCGUUUUCAAUCUCUCAUCAUGGAUAGGAAAACAGACAGACUGGCAACCAAAGGCUGUGAUCACUCUCCAUGCUGUUGCGGUUAACACCAAUUUACAAAAGAAUGAAGGACUUCAUGUCAAAUACCACGCCAUGAGAGCUGGAGAUGACGGAGAAGUUGUUUCUAUUAGAGUCUCUCAGCAGCUUCUGUAAUUCUUGUAAAACUCCAGUUUUCUUGCCUUCCCUUGCCCUCUCGCCCCAGAUAAGAAAAAACGUAAUAACUAAUAAUAUACUUCUUCCUAAGGCAAUUUAUAGGUUGGUGCCUUUUCAAUAUUCUGAGACAGGCAUUCUUCACCAAGAAAUUCAGUUAGUAUAGUAGCUUUUCCUGUUGCUUCCACAAAUGGAAAAGAGAAUUGAGAUAUAGUUGGAGUAUCAUCUGUGUGAUGAUGAUGAUAAUAA